AUGUGCAUCACAAACAUCUACGUCCACGUCCGCCCCGACGGCCGCCGCUCGACCAGCCCUCAAGUCCUGCUGUGCCCGUCCUCGCGCUUCGGCCGUCCUUGCCCCUCCCACGUCGAGGUGCACCAUCCCAUGCCGGCGCAGGACGCGCUCCCUCCGUCCGCCUCGCCCGUCACCCACUUCCCCCCGACGCCGCAGUACUCGCCGCGCCCGUCCAGCCGCGGCUCCGCUUCCGACGCCGACCGCCACUCGCGACACUCGUCCACGUCCUCGUCGCGCCGCCGCCAGCGCUCGCCAGGCAUCUACGUCAACGGCCAGCGCGUCGUCAACGUCCACGCCAGCGCCGCCGGCGCCGGCGCCCGCCACGAGCGCGUCAUGCUGGUGCCGCACCCGCCGACGCCUCGCACCCCGCCGCAGAGCUUCAACAUGCCGCGCACCGCGCCCCCGUCGCCGUCCGCCAACCUCUCCAUCCCGUACGGCAGCUCGCCGCGCGAAUCCUACAGCCGCCCGUACCUCGUCGACGAGCGCCGCAUGCACGUCCCCGUCCACCACCCGUCCUCACCCGCUACAUCCUCACGACACUCCCGUCAAGCCUCGACUAGCUCCCAGGGCAGCCGGCACUCUGCGGCCGCGGCGGCCGUUGAGGACGAGGAGCGUCGCCGCCGGCGCGACGAGGAGCGCGAGCAGCGCCGCGUCGCCCGCAAGGCGCAGGAGCUGCGCGAGCGCAUCGAAAAGGCCAAUGCCGAGAUUGCGAGCCGUCCGACGGUCCGCGUCGUCAACGAGCAGCAGAAGGAGCACAAGGAGCACAAGGAGCCGCGCCGCAGCCGUCGCGACGGGUUCGACGAGGUCGUCGGCGCCAUGGGCCGCAUGACCGUCGAGGACCGCAACUGGAAGGAGCGCCGCGCGCACGAACGCGCUCUCGAGCUCGAAAAGGAGGAGCAAAAGGCGCAGGACCAGCGUCUGCGCGAGCGCAUGGUGCCGCGCCGUCGAGCGACCGUCGGCCCGGGAAGCCGUCGCCACCGCGUCGCGUACGACGACGGUCUCUACCGCUGGGAGUAG